UCCAGGCCGGCGCGCAAGAUGGCGGCUCCGAUGGCCCGGGAGGGGCGGCCGCGGCUGGGCCUUGGACUCCCGCUCGGGGCUGGGGGCGGGAGGUCGGCUUUGCGAGUGACUGGUGGUCGGGCGGCGCCGCCGGGCCCCGCGUGUGUCCGGCCGCGUAUCUCUCCCCUCCGGUCCCUGUCGCCUCCCCGCCCCCGUCCCGGGACGGAACCGAAGGACGGUCAGGCCCGGUCGCCCUACCCAGUCCCUCCUCGCUCUGGAGCGGUCGCUGUCCGGGGCUGGCUCACUUUUAGGACUGACUCCUUGGUGGCCUCGCAGGCCCCGGGGGAGAAGAUUAACAUCCAGGCGGGAGAGACGGCCGAGGCGGGGGACCAGGACCCGUUGGAGAACGGCUACCCCGAGCCCGACCGGCCACCUCCGCGCUCCUGGAGGCAGAAGUGCGCCUCCUACGUGCUGGCCCUGCGGCCCUGGAGCUUCAGUGCCUCCCUCAGCCCCGUGGCCCUGGGCAGCGCCCUGGCCUAUAGAUCCCAGGGCGUCCGGGAUCCCAGGCUGCUGGUGGGCUGUGCCGUGGCCGUCCUGGCUGUGCACGGGGCGGGCAAUUUGGUUAACACUUACUAUGACUUCUCCAAGGGCAUUGACCGCAAAAAGAGUGGUGACAGGACCUUGGUGGACCGAAUCUUGGAGCCCCAGGAUGUUGUCUGGUUUGGAGUCUUCCUCUACACCUUGGGCUGUGUCUGUGCCUCUUGCCUCUAUUGCCUGUCCCCCCUGAAACUGGAGCACUUAGCUCUCAUCUACUUUGGAGGCUUGUCCGGCUCCUUUCUCUCCACAGGCGGAAUUGGCUUCAAGUUGGCUCUGGGAGACCUUGUCAUCCUCAUCACCUUUGGCCUGGCUGUGAUGUUUGCCUGCGCCAUCCAGGUGGGGUCCCUGGCGGUCUUCCCGCUCCUCUACGCCAUCCCCCUGGCCCUUAGCACUGAGGCCAUUCACCAUUCCAACAAUACCAGGGACAUGGUUGACCAGGAGGCUGGCAUCGUCACGCUCGCCAUCCUCAUCGGGCCCACCCUCUCCUACGUGCUCUACAACACGCUGCUCUUCCUGCCCUACCUGAUCUUCAGCGUCCUGGCCACGCGCUGCAGCAUCAGCCUGGCGCUCCCUCUGCUCACCAGUCCCAUGGCCUUUUCCCUGGAGAGACAGUUCCGAAGCCAGACUUCCGGCAAACUGCCCCAGAGGACUGCCAAGCUCAACCUCCUCCUGGGACUUUUCCGCGUUGUUGGCAUCAUCCUGGCCCCAGCAGGCAGGCUGCCCAAGCUUUGAGGGGACCAGUAGCUCCCUCCACAACGUGCCUCCCUUCUAGAGAGGUGUUGAAGUCAGAGUUCCAGGAAGGGAAUAUGCUUGGAGUGAGGUUCCUGAGGGUGGAAUGUGAACCCCACCGUUUUUAUCACUCUGGUUUUAAAGAUGUCUACUGAUUUUUUUUCCAUUUUAUGGGGAAUCUUGAAACCAUUCUGUAUUGGAAGAAGGUGAAUUGGAUGCACAGUCCUUUUUUAUUUGUAAUUUCCACUAGAGGGUGUUGUCAACUUACUUUCAAAUGAACAGAGAUUUUCCCCCUUGUUCCUCACAAAAUGUCCUAAGACUUUGUGAAGGAGCUGCCCUGCUCGGCCUCCUAUCCUGAAAGAGCCAGAGUAGUGAGGAGAAGUGUCCUUCUGUUAUCUGGGCCUUGUAGGGUGUGUUGUGAUGGGUGCCAGGCCUCAUUAACAUGGGGAGCACCUGUCUCUUACUCUUGGCACCCAGGACCUAAAAUAUGUUGCUUAGAGACACAGUGCCUCAUAACAGCCUAGAGUAGCCCCCAGUUUUAUGCUUCAGGUGCCAUUCAGAAGCUUUUGUCCUUCAUCUUGCCUCUCACUGCCACAGUUAAGGAAAAGUGUCAGAUCCCCCUGCAGCAAGACAGUCAAGCCUGGAACUGGGAAGGAAAAUUUAAAAUACACACACUGGAGGCAGCCAAGAAAAUCACUCUGGUUUUGGAUAGGAAUUGGUAGGGCAACUGAUUUCCUUUUGUAGAAUCCACUAGAAUGACAGCAAGGACUCCCAGCCCUUUCAGUAACUGUAGGGAACCCUGGGAUUGUAGAAGCACCAUCACCCUCUUAGGCUGUUUAAAGCCCACGUGGCUUUUUCUUCCCAUUCCCCUCUCCUAAUUCUCCUCUGCCUCCAUCCUCCGUUUCUGUCAUAUCCCCAUUUGUGUGGCCCCCAUAGUGAUGUCAGGCUCUGGGGCUGAGUCCGGGCGGUUGUCACUUUCCACAGCCUCAGGAUGGGUGGACCAGGGACAUCCGCACCCCUGAUGAACAUAUAAGCCACCGGCCACAUGGCCCUGAGCCCCAUUCAGCCCGAGCAGCAGGCCUGGCCACCGAGAAACUUUUGUCUUCAUCCUUGAAGCCGCAAGGACAAUAUUGACUCUGCCUCUCCCAUUGGCUUUUGUUGCCUGUGCGUAGAGACUGAGGGCUUCGGUGAGGUCACACUAUGCAUGGGGGGACGUCCAGCACUGAUCAUUGCUGCUUUUCCUGUCACUGCCUGGGAAGCCUGAUUUCUGGGCUGGAACUGCCCAGUCGCGCUGGAUCCCAGGCUGGACUAGGUUGUGCGUGCCAUCGGCAUUCUUCCUGGGAGAUUAUAGCCAUUCUGGUCGGUGUCCAAGGUCUUGGCCUGUGGAAAAUGAUGUCAGAACUAGUUCUUAAUCCUUCAAAUCAGAAUAAUUAUGAUUUGGCUACUUGAGAUUUGGUCAGCUUACUUGGAAACCACAUAUUUGGAAAUUGCAGAAGUUCCUCUAAAUUUCAGGUGUGCUGUCUACCAGAGACCCAGGAUCCUUGAAUAGUGGUCAGUGUCAGGGAGCAGGGAAGGGAGAUGACCCUUCUCUCCCCUGCCUUUCCUCCCAGCACCAUUUUUGUUUUAUGACACGCUUGUGGCGUUUCAGUGCUCACAGGGUCCCACCUGCGAAGACAAGCUCUCCUGGCUCCAACUCAAGCAGGGCUUACCCCUGAGGCUGUAGGACCGAGGACACCCUGAGUCCACAGACAGACCUGUCUGUUCAGCUGCUGCCUGGUUCAGGUGCAGAUUUUAAUGUACAUUUAUUUAUAUACACAUUUCCAAAAGGCCAGAGUUGGUGCCAGGUUUUAUACACAGGUCACCAUCAUUGGUGUUGCAUCCUCUGACUCAGUGAAGGUUUUCUUUAUUUAUUUCUUAAUAAAACAAUGAAUAA